UCAUUUUUUGAAUUUUGAAACCAAUAAUACUAGGUAGAAGCGAAUAAUUCUGGAGAAUAAUAUCGUGUCAAGUGUCAACCAUGGUUAAGGCAAGAGGAACAUGUCACCCCUUUCAUCAUCACCUCCUAUUUUAAAGCGUUGCUAUUGUCUUUCUCGGUGUAAUCAUCUGACUUUAUUCAAUUUCUUAAUUACUUUGCCAUAAUAAGAUUCACAGCUUCAACAAGAAAUUUCAUCUCUGUGAGUUUUGCUAGGCCAAGUCUUCUUUUCAAACAUGCCUCCUUUCUUCAUCUUUUCCUUUCAUUCUUCACCUUUUUAGUCCAUCAUAAUAUCCCCAUCUUAAUCAUCCUGAUUCACUAUAUUGGUUUGUUUCUACCCUUAAUCUCUCAUAACCCACCUCUGCUAGAGGAUCUUUCAAAUUUCAAUAGGACUUCUACAAAUAUAGGCUUCUCUUUUUCCUUUCGUUGUUGUUUGGCAUCUACCUAAGAUUUUCUCAGGUAUUGUACACUGAAAAACAAAAGUAUCUUAUGUUUCUUAACUGGUGAAGACAAAUAUUUCUAUGGGGACUAAUAGGCAGGAGCAUGAAAUUUCAGACGGAGGAUCUGAGGUAACAUAUCAUGAGAUGGUAGAAAAUGAAAUCACAGACACUCACAAAGUUCCAACACACAAAUUAAUAAGUGAGAGCUGCAAAUCAAACAGUAUGGUUAUAAAGAAACGGCAUGCAUUGAUUCCAGCUCAUAUCAUAGCUGAAGCCAUAUCAACUAUCCCUGAUCUUGACAUUAGAUGGUCAGGUCCAAUCACACAGAAAGAAAUGGAAUAUGUUGAACAGUAUGUCCUAGCAAAGUAUCCAGAAUAUGCAGGCCUCAUUGAAGAAGAUGGAAAUGGGAUGAUAGACUUGUCUAGCUUUAUCAUCUAUGAGGAGCCUUCAGAGCCCUUGAUGGAUGAAAGGGGAAAGUCACCAAGAGAGUCUUCUGCAUAUUUGUUUGGUGCUAACAUCCCUGAAAUGGAUAGGGCCAAGAUUCAGUUGGAGCCAUCAAGAUUGCUAGACAUUCUCAACAAGAAAUCCUCAUUUCCUGGAAGCUUCAUCUCUAUCCCAGAAAUUCAAGCAAGGAACAAGGUUUUGAGGCAUUAUGGUUUGCCUGAUGCUGAGUAUUUGGUUCUCUUCACACCAAGCUACAAGGAUGCUAUGAUGUUGGUGGGAGAAAGUUACCCUUUUGUUAAGGGGAACUACUACAUGACCAUUCUUGAUCAGGAAGAGGACUAUAUCAGGGAAUUUGCUUCUUUUAAGGAGUCAAAGGUGAUCUCAGCACCCAAGACUUGGUUGGAUUUGAGGAUCAGUGGAUCUCAGCUGAGCCAAAACUUCAGGAGGAGGUGCAAGAUCAGUUCAAAAGGCUUGUUCUCUUAUCCGGUUGAUGCAAAUGGAACAAUGCAUUGGAUUUCUGAGGCUCAUAGGAACAAUUGGCAUGUUCUGCUUGAUGCAUCUGCCUUGGUGGUGGGAAAGGAUCGGCCACAUCUUCUUGCACUUCACCGGCCGGAUUUUGUGAUCUGUAGUCUUGACAACACUCACUCAAAUCCUUCAAGAAUCACUUGCCUCUUGGUGAGAAAGAAAUCCUUUGAGAUCUCAGCUGCUUCAUCUCAGGUAGUCGAAUGAGUCAUAACUCAUAAGGAGUACUUGUUUAUGAUUUUAACUACAAAACAAUUAGCAAGGGGACAAAGUUUUCAUGCACUACUUAAGUGGUUUUUCUCUUAUCAGAAUUGAAAUUUCACCUAAAUACCUUAUGUUAAUCUUUAACACAAACUUUUGCUGUAUGGAUUAGUGAAGUGAAAUUUCAAUUCUGAUUGGAGAACCAUAUCAUAAAUGCUUAAGAAGCUGCAUCUAAAUUUUGUACUCAGCAAAAUUGGUAUCAUGGACUAUGAGAAGCCAUGAAUUUUCCUGGCGUAGUUGUAGAUUGAAUAAAUUAACACCUGCAUAUAUAAGACCACUUAUUACUGGUUGGAGCGCAUUAAGAAUUUAUAAAUCCUAAUCAUCUGGUUUGUUUGUAACUUAUAUGAUUAAUUAUCUUAGUUUGGUAAGUUAUUUCUGCCAAACCCAUUUUUUCCAUAUUAGUCAAUUGGUUUUGAAGGAUUUUAAA